UGUGUCCAUCCCUUAGGAGGAGAAGCCGUCACAAGUCAGGAAUACGUCGGUAAUGGUCGUGUGACUGAGUUUAGAUAUGGCAAAUUCCUGGGCGAGGCGUUCCGCGGCCAUAACCAGCUCAAGUGGCUGGUCAACUUCGGCGAGGACUGGGGCAUGCUUGACCGAGGAAACGUACUCGUCUUCAUCGACAACCACGACAACCAGCGAGGCAGCGGUGGCGGUGGCGACAUGAUCCUCACCUUCCGUGACUCUAAGUUGUACAAGAUGGCCACAGCAUACAUGUUGGCGUGGCCCUACGGCUUCACUCGUGUAAUGUCCUCCUACUACUGGGAACAACACUGGGUUAAUGGUCAUGACGAGAACGACUGGGUCGGCCCGCCCCACGACGACUCCUACAAUAUCGUAGGACCCACCUUCAACGCUGACAACAGCUGUGGCAACGGCUGGAUCUGUGAACACCGUUGGAGGCAGACCUACAACAUGGUCGAGUUCCGUAAUGUUGCUCACGGCACUGACAUGAAUGACUGGUGGGACAACGGCAACAAUCAGAUCGCUUUCUGCAGAGGUGACAGAGGCUUUAUAACCAUCAACAACGACGGCUACGACCUUAAAGAAACUCUACAGACAUGUUUGUCUGCCGGUACAUACUGUGACGUCAUCUCGGGCUCCAAAGAGGGCGGGUCAUGUACGGGCAAGACCGUGACGGUGAACGGUGACGGCACCGCUUACAUUGAGAUCACCACCAUGGAGGAGGACGGUGUCCUUGCCAUCCAUGCUAAGUCUAAACUGUAAACACGUGAGCGGUACAACAGUGUCGCCUGCAGGAGAAACUUGCGAAGACAAGACACGCCAGUCUCCGUUAUGCUGAAGGUUACUUAUGGCCAGUUUAUCUGAAGGGCUCGGAUUUAUUUAGGAAGCCAACUAAGUCCUUCAGGAGAUUGUUCCAUGUCAAGAACAAUGCCGUAUUCAUGACCAUAUUCAUUAUGUUAUGGGUUCUUGAUGUUCUGAAAUAUGAUGAUCAGAUGAUAAUUAAAUAAAUCCAGAACACCUU